GGCCGGCAGGUUUGCGUGGCCGCUGAGUUGCCGGCGCCGGCUGAGCCAGCGGACGCCGCGUUCUUGGCGGCCGCCGGUUCCCGGGAAGUUACGUGCGGAAGUCGGCUUCCGAGGAGACGCCGGGAGGCCACGGGUGCUGCCGAGGGGCGGGCGACCGGGCGGGGCCGACGUGGCCGGGCUGCGAAAGCUGCGGGAGGCCGAGCGGGUGGCCGCGCUCGGAGGGAGGUGCCGGUCGGGCGCGCCCCGUGGAGAAGACCCGGGCGGGGCGGGCGCUUCCCGGACUUUUGUCCGAGUUGAAUUCCCUCCCCGUGGGCCGGGCCAUUCCGGCCGCCCCCGCCCCUGCCCCGCUCGCUCUCGGGAGAUGUUUAUUUGGGCUGUGGCGUGAGGAGCGGGAGGGCCGGCGCCGCGGAGUUUCGGGUCCGAGGAGCCUCGCGCGGCGCUGGAGAGAGACAAGAUGUCCGCCAGAGCUGCGGCCGCCAAGAGCACAGCAAUGGAGGAAACAGCUAUAUGGGAACAACAUACAGUGACGCUUCACAGGGCUCCUGGAUUUGGAUUUGGCAUUGCAAUAUCUGGUGGACGAGAUAAUCCUCAUUUUCAGAGUGGGGAAACGUCAAUCGUGAUUUCAGAUGUGCUGAAAGGAGGACCAGCUGAAGGACAGCUACAGGAAAAUGACCGAGUGGCAAUGGUUAACGGAGUUUCAAUGGAUAAUGUUGAACAUGCUUUUGCUGUUCAGCAACUAAGGAAAAGUGGGAAAAAUGCAAAAAUUACAAUUAGAAGGAAGAAGAAAGUUCAAAUACCAGUAAGUCGUCCUGAUCCUGAACCAGUAUCUGAUAAUGAAGAAGAUAGUUACGAUGAGGAAAUACAUGAUCCAAGAAGUGGCCGGAGUGGUGUGGUUAACAGAAGGAGUGAGAAGAUUUGGCCGAGGGAUAGAAGUGCAAGUAGAGAGAGGAGCUUGUCUCCGCGGUCAGACAGGCGGUCAGUGGCUUCCAGCCAGCCCGCUAAACCCACCAAAGUCACACUGGUGAAAUCCCGGAAGAAUGAAGAAUAUGGUCUUCGAUUGGCAAGCCAUAUAUUUGUUAAGGAAAUUUCACAAGAUAGUUUGGCAGCAAGAGAUGGCAAUAUUCAAGAAGGUGAUGUUGUAUUGAAGAUAAAUGGUACUGUGACAGAAAAUAUGUCAUUGACAGAUGCAAAGACAUUGAUAGAAAGGUCUAAAGGCAAAUUAAAAAUGGUAGUUCAAAGAGAUGAACGGGCUACGCUGUUGAACGUCCCUGAUCUGUCUGACAGCAUCCACUCUGCUAAUGCCUCUGAGAGAGACGACAUUUCAGAAAUUCAGUCACUGGCCUCAGAUCAUUCUGGUCGAUCACACGAUAGGCCUCCCCGCCGCAGCCGGUCACGAUCUCCUGACCAGCGGUCAGAGCCUUCUGAUCAUUCCAGACACUCUCCACAGCAGCCAAGCAAUGGCAGCUCCGGGUAUUGUAGCAGGACGAGCCGCAGACAGAACUCCUCAGACACCGAGUUAAAUAAGGAGGGGGUUUAUUUGGCCAGGGGCAUCAGCAAGACUCCUGUCUCAAGAGCCGAGCCCCCCAGUCUCCGGAGUAGAGAUGAAGAGAGAAUUUCUAAGCCUGGGGCUGUCUCAACUCCUGUAAAGCAUGCUGAUGAUCACACACCUAAAACAGUGGAAGAAGUUACAGUUGAAAGAAACGAGAAACAAACACCUUCUCUUCCAGAACCAAAGCCUGUGUAUGCCCAGGUUGGGCAGCCAGAUGUGGAUUUACCUGUCAGUCCAUCAGAUGGUGUCCUACCUAAUUCAACUCAUGAAGAUGGGAUUCUUCGACCCAGCAUGAAAUUGGUAAAAUUCAGAAAAGGAGAUAGUGUGGGAUUGCGACUGGCUGGUGGAAAUGAUGUUGGAAUAUUUGUAGCUGGCGUUCUAGAAGAUAGCCCUGCAGCCAAGGAAGGCUUAGAGGAAGGUGAUCAAAUUCUCAGGGUAAACAACGUAGAUUUUACAAAUAUCAUAAGAGAAGAAGCCGUCCUUUUCCUGCUUGACCUCCCUAAAGGAGAAGAAGUGACCAUAUUGGCUCAGAAGAAGAAGGAUGUUUAUCGUCGCAUUGUAGAAUCAGAUGUAGGAGAUUCUUUCUAUAUUAGAACCCAUUUUGAAUAUGAAAAGGAAUCUCCCUAUGGACUUAGUUUUAACAAAGGAGAGGUGUUCCGUGUUGUGGAUACCUUGUACAAUGGAAAACUGGGCUCUUGGCUUGCUAUUCGAAUUGGCAAAAAUCAUAAGGAGGUAGAACGAGGCAUCAUCCCUAAUAAGAACAGAGCUGAGCAGCUGGCCAGUGUACAGUAUACACUUCCAAAAACAGCAGGGGGAGACCGGGCUGACUUCUGGAGAUUCCGAGGUCUUCGCAGCUCCAAGAGAAAUCUUCGAAAAAGCAGAGAGGAUUUGUCUGCUCAGCCUGUUCAAACAAAGUUUCCAGCUUAUGAAAGAGUGGUUCUUCGAGAAGCUGGAUUUCUGAGGCCUGUAACCAUUUUUGGACCAAUAGCUGAUGUUGCCAGAGAAAAGCUGGCUAGAGAAGAACCAGAUAUUUAUCAAAUUGCAAAGAGUGAACCACGAGACGCUGGAACUGACCAACGUAGCUCUGGCAUUAUUCGCCUGCAUACAAUAAAGCAAAUCAUAGAUCAAGACAAACAUGCUUUAUUAGAUGUAACACCAAAUGCAGUUGAUCGUCUUAACUAUGCCCAGUGGUAUCCAAUUGUUGUAUUUCUUAAUCCUGAUUCUAAGCAAGGAGUAAAAACAAUGAGAAUGAGGUUAUGUCCAGAAUCUCGGAAAAGUGCCAGGAAGUUAUAUGAGCGAUCUCAUAAACUUCGUAAAAAUAAUCACCAUCUUUUUACAACUACAAUUAACUUAAAUUCAAUGAAUGAUGGUUGGUAUGGUGCACUGAAAGAAGCAAUUCAACAGCAGCAAAACCAGCUGGUGUGGGUUUCUGAGGGAAAGGCGGAUGGUGCUACAAGUGAUGACCUUGAUUUGCAUGAUGAUCGUCUGUCCUACCUGUCAGCUCCAGGUAGUGAAUACUCAAUGUAUAGCACGGACAGUAGACACACUUCUGACUAUGAAGACACAGACACAGAAGGCGGGGCCUACACUGAUCAAGAACUAGAUGAAACUCUUAAUGAUGAGGUUGGGACUCCACCGGAGUCUGCCAUUACACGGUCCUCUGAGCCUGUAAGAGAGGACUCCUCUGGAAUGCAUCAUGAAAACCAAACAUAUCCUCCUUACUCACCACAAGCGCAGCCACAACCAAUUCAUAGAAUAGACUCCCCUGGAUUUAAGCCAGCCUCUCAACAGAAAGCAGAAGCUUCAUCUCCAGUCCCUUACCUUUCGCCUGAAACAAACCCAGCAUCAUCAACCUCUGCUGUUAAUCAUAAUGUAAAUUUAACUAAUGUCAGACUGGAGGAGCCCACCCCAGCUCCUUCCACCACUUACUCACCACAAGCUGAUUCUUUAAGAACACCAAGUACUGAGGCAGCUCACAUAAUGCUAAGAGAUCAAGAACCAUCAUUGUCGUCGCAUGUAGAUCCAACAAAGGUGUACAGAAAGGAUCCAUAUCCCGAGGAAAUGAUGAGACAAAACCAUGUUUUGAAACAGCCAGCCGUUGGUCACCCAGGGCACAGGCCAGACAAAGAGCCUAAUCUGACCUAUGAACCCCAACUCCCAUACGUAGAGAAACAAGCCAGCAGAGACCUUGAGCAGCCCACGUACAGAUACGAGUCCUCAAGCUAUACGGACCAGUUUUCUCGAAACUAUGAACAUCGUCUGCGAUACGAAGAUCGCGUCCCCAUGUAUGAAGAACAGUGGUCAUAUUAUGAUGACAAACAGCCCUACCCAUCUCGGCCACCUUUUGAUAAUCAGCACUCUCGAGACCUUGACUCCAGACAGCAUCCCGAAGAGUCUUCAGAACGCGGGUACUUUCCACGUUUUGAAGAGCCAGCCCCUCUGUCCUAUGACAGCAGACCACGUUACGAACAGGCACCUAGAGCGUCUGCCCUGCGGCACGAAGAGCAGCCAGCUCCUGGGUAUGACACGCAUGGUAGACACAGGCCGGAAACCCAGCCCUACCCUUCAGCAGGGCCCAAGCCCGCAGAGCCCAAGCAGUAUUUUGAGCAAUAUUCACGCAGUUACGAGCAAGUCCCACCCCAAGGAUUUACCUCUAGAGCAGGUCAUUUUGAGCCUCUCCAUGGUGCUGCAGCUGUCCCUCCGCUGAUACCUUCAUCUCAGCAUAAGCCAGAAGCUCUGCCUUCAAAUACCAAACCGCUGCCUCCACCCCCAACUCAAACCGAAGAAGAGGAAGAUCCAGCAAUGAAGCCACAGUCUGUACUCACCAGAGUUAAGAUGUUUGAAAACAAAAGAUCUGCAUCCUUAGAGACCAAGAAGGAUGUAAAUGACACUGCCACUUUUAAGCCUCCAGAAGUAGCAUCUAAACCUUCAGGUGCUCCCAUCAUUGGUCCCAAACCCACUUCUCAGAAUCAAUUCAGUGAACAUGACAAAACUCUAUACAGGAUCCCAGAACCUCAAAAGCCUCAACUGAAGCCACCUGAAGAUAUCGUUCGGUCAAAUCAUUAUGACCCUGAAGAAGAUGAAGAAUAUUAUCGAAAACAGCUCUCAUACUUUGACCGAAGAAGUUUUGAGAAUAAGCCUCCUGCACACAUUGCUGCCAGCCAUCUCUCCGAGCCUGCAAAGCCAGCUCAUUCUCAGAAUCAAUCAAAUUUUUCUAGUUAUUCUUCAAAAUUUCUUGGCUCUUACACUAGCUAUGACUACUUGAAAAGGAACGUCAAGUGGGGAAAGCCUCCUGAAGCUGAUGGUGUAGAUAGAUCAUUUGGUGAGAAACGCUAUGAACCCCUCCAGGUCACUCCCCCUCCUCCUCCAUUGCCCUCGCAGUACGCCCAGCCAUCUCAACCUGUCACCAGCGCAUCUCUCCACAUACAUUCUAAGGGAGCACAUGGUGAAGGUAAUUCAGUGUCAUUGGAUUUUCAGAAUUCCUUAGUGUCCAAACCAGACCCACCUCCGUCUCAGAAUAAGCCAGCAACUUUCAGACCACCAAACCGAGAAGAUGCUGCUCAGCCAGCUUUCUAUCCCCAGAAAAGUUUUCCAGAUAAAGCCCCAGUUAAUGGAACUGAACAGACUCAGAAAACGGUCACUCCAGCAUACAAUCGAUUCACACCAAAACCAUAUACAAGUUCUGCCCGACCGUUUGAACGCAAGUUUGAAAGUCCUAAAUUCAAUCACAAUCUUCUGCCAAGUGAAACUGCACAUAAACCUGACUUGUCAAAAACUCCCACUUCUCCAAAAACUCUUGUGAAAUCGCACAGUUUGGCACAGCCUUCUGAGUUUGACAGUGGAGUUGAAACUUUCUCUAUCCAUGCAGAGAAGCCUAAAUAUCAAAUAAAUAAUAUCAGCACAGUGCCUAAAGCUAUUCCUGUGAGUCCUUCAGCUGUGGAAGAGGAUGAAGAUGAAGAUGGUCAUACUGUGGUGGCCACAGCGCGAGGCAUAUUUAACAGCAAUGGUGGCGUGCUGAGUUCCAUAGAAACUGGAGUCAGUAUAAUUAUCCCUCAAGGAGCCAUUCCCGAAGGAGUUGAGCAGGAAAUCUAUUUCAAGGUCUGCCGAGACAACAGCAUCCUCCCACCUUUAGAUAAAGAGAAAGGUGAAACACUGCUGAGUCCCUUGGUGAUGUGUGGUCCCCAUGGCCUCAAGUUCCUGAAGCCUGUGGAGCUGCGCUUACCACACUGUGCGUCCAUGACUCCUGACGGUUGGUCUUUUGCUCUAAAAUCAUCCGACUCCUCGUCGGGUGAUCCUAAAACCUGGCAAAACAAGUGUCUUCCUGGAGAUCCAAAUUAUCUCGUUGGAGCAAACUGUGUUUCUGUCCUUAUUGACCACUUUUAACUCUGAAAUAUAGGAACUUGAUUAAAUAAUGUGAAACUGGAUUAAACUUAAUCUAAAUGGAACCACUCUAUCAAGUAUUAUACCUUUUUUAGAAUUGAUACUACAGUUUGUUAGUAUGAAGCAUUUGUUUGAACUGAUAAAGAUUAGUGAGCAUGCCCCUGAACCAUGGUCAGAAAACACGCUACACGCUGUGUGUUUGUGAUUGACGGGACUGUUGGUAUUGGCUAGAGGUUCAAAGAUAUUUUGCUUUGUGAUUUUUGUAGUUUUUUUUUUAUCGUCACUGCUUAACUUCACAUAUUGAUUUCCGUUAAAAUACCAGCCAGUAAAUGGGGGUGCAUUUGAGGUCUGUUCUUUCCAAAGUACACUGUUUCAAACUUUACUAUGGCCCUGGCCUAGCAUACAUACACAUUUUAUUUUAUUAUGCAUGAAGUAAUAUGCACACAUUUUUAAAAUGCACCUGGAAUAUAUAACCAGUGUUGUGGAUUUAACAGAAAUGUACAGCAAGGGGAUUUAUAACUGGGGGAGGGUGAAGUGAAGACAAUGACUUACUGUAUAUGAAAACACAUUUUUCAUAGGGAAGGAUACAGAAGCAUGUGAGACUGGUUCCAUGGCCUCUUCAGAUCUCUAACUUCACCAUAUUACCACAAACAUACUAACCAGCAGGAAUGCCUUACCCUCAUGUUCUUAAUUCUUAGCUCAUUCUCGCUGUAUGUUACUAAGUUUUUAUGGCUUUUGUGCAUUAUCGAGAUACUGUAUCAUGACAAAGACUGAGUAAAUUGUGCAUCUGGUGGUUUCAGAAAUGUGUUAUCACCCAGAAGAAAAUAGUGGUGUGAUUUGGGGAUUUUUUCUUUUCUUUUUUCUUUUCUUUUUUUUUGGACAAGGGGCAGUGGUUGUUUUCUGUUCUUUCUGGCUAUGCAUUUGAAAAUUUUGAUGUUUUAAGGAUGCUUGUAUAUAAUGCGUGCAUACCACUUUUGUUCUUGGUUUGUAAAUUAACUUUUAUAAACUUUACCUUUUUUAUAUAUAAACAAAACCAAGUUUCUAAAGGCUACCUUUGUAUUUCUCUCCUGUACCUCUUGAGCCUUGAACUUUGACCUCUGCAGCAAUAAAGCAGCGUUUCUAUGACACAUGCAAGGUCAUUUUUUUUUUUAAGAAAAAGGAUGCACAGAGUUGUUACAUUUUUAAGUGCUGCAUUUAAAAGAUACAGUUACUCAGAAUUCUCUAGUUUGAUUAAAUUCUUGCAAAGUAUCCCUACUGUAAUUUGUGAUACAAUGCUGUGCCCUAAAGUGUAUUUUUUUACUAAUAGACAAUUUAUUAUGGCACAUCAGCACGAUUUCUGUUUAGAUAAUACACCACUAUGUUCUGUUAAUCAUUAGGUGUGACUGAAUUUCUUUUGCCGUUAUUAAAAAUCUCAAAUUUCUAAAUCUCCAAAAUAAAACUUUUUAAAAUAAA